AUGGCGACUAUUAUUUCAGAAGCGGAAGUCACAGCGGCUAUAGAGGAGGCGUUAGCUGAAGAUUUUGGCGACAUGGAGGACUCAAACGCUGAUGAAACGCCUACUGAAACAAAAAUUGAAACGAUGCGGUUUUCUUUCGAGCCAAGAAACAAGUAUGUUACUGAAGUUAAGGACAUGAAUGAGUACGUUUUGUCGUACUUUGAGUCGAUGAACCACAUGAGUAAGAGAAUCAUAACAGAACAACGCGAACUUAUGGCUGAACAUGGCAGUAGAUGGAAUCAGUUAAGCCUAGAAGAACAAGACAAGUUAAUAGAUAAUCGAAUGCUCGACCCUAAAGUUAGAAAACAUUACUACGUUGAUGGAACUUUCUCAACAAGAAAGCCCGACUGGUUUCCUGUCUUGAGGUUGGCCCAUGGAGUCUCGGGGUCGGAAAAUAGUUUUAACCCGCGCGACAGUAUAGCAUCUGUCACGGUAAGAUUUUAUGCCCUUUGUGCUUAGCAAUCAAAUUUAUUUUCCUUCAAAUUGAUUUUCUGAGUAAGUUUUGGGUUCGAAACAUUAUCUUCGCAUUUCAACGCAUCUUUGAGGGCAUAUUUGAAUCGAAUUCUUGGCAAAUUACGCGUUUGGAAGCACAACAUGUCACACUAUUUUUUUUAAUGCGAGCGGGCUCAUGACGUCUACCUGAUAGCCAUUGAUAGUAAAAGCAUUGGGUGUGGUGGAUUAAGAUCAUUUUAUGUAGAUUUUAACAUACACCACACCUCGGAAAUGGAGCUAAUUCUUAAAAGAAAUUAGAGGAAAAGCUAGAAGAGCAUGUUCUAGUUUUUGCCCUAAUAAUUAUACUACCCUGGCAGUAAAUAUUGUAAAAUCACAAUAUGAAAACUACAUUGUGAAUAUUUAUGGGUCGUGGAUUUCCCUUCCAUCUUAAGGCUGAGAGAGAAUCAGUUGUUGUCACGUUUUUUGGAGAGUGCUACUAACAGGAAAAUUCAACGUUACAACAUGGCAGUCAAAUAUCUUACUUUUAUCACUCCAAAGGCACAUACAUGUCACGCAUGAAUGCCUCCUGGACUUGACUAACAUACUUGAUCCCGUUUCUAUGGAGAAAAGUUGUCCCAGGUGAACGGGUCACCCUGGAAGCUACCAGUGGGCAAGCUAGCUUUUCAUACAUUUCCUUAAACAAAAUGGGGCGAACCAUUUACAUGAGAAACAAAAAGUUGGCACCCCUAGGAGGGUGACUCGCCUAGCUGGGUCAUCCUUUUGUGAAGGUAGGGUUCCCCUUGUGGUUGGGCCAACAAUUUUAUCCAAAUAAACACUUUGGCUCACCCAGCCAGGCCAACUCAGACAAGUUGAGACAAUCAGUGCAUGUGUGAGUGCUGUCCAAGGACUGGUGGCUCGGGCAAAGGGAUCAACUUUUUUCUCAAUGAUGUGACUGUCGUAGGUAAAAAUCCAUUCUUAAACUGGCUAAACCAGUAUUCAAGUGAUUAGCAGGCCCUGCGAAAAGUUUUCUUUUUAAGAAAAGAGAACAAAUCUAACCAAGUCACCAUUCUAGCUGGACAAACCAGAAAAGAUGUCAGACACAUAUCAUGUUCACUUAUAAAUAAUUCUUUAAUUAUUGCUUAGCAAAUCUUCUGCUACCAAGUGAUAGUCUUUGAUGCUUGUUCUAUCCGGUAAUCAUGCAUGUCCGACUGCAGGUGGGAUUAUUCAUUGGAUGGCAAAUUUUUGGUUGGACAUUGUCUGAUGACCAACUGUUAUUUGCAUCUCUGUAUUAGAGUUAGCUUUAUGCUAGGAUUCUUACCUUAGCAGACCACCUUGUAGGUUGAAUACUUGUUUAACCAUAGAAGAGAUUCUACCAAUCACAUACCCACUAAUGUCAGUAUAGUGUAAUCUAAUAAAUUAAAGAUUAUUUUCCUUUUCACCGAAAUUAGGAAAAACCUAUUUUGCAUAAAUAUUUUUUUCAACAGACUAAUGUUGCAAAUUGCAUGUGUAUAGAAAAGUGCAUUCAAAGUCAUAACAUGAUAUUGAGUAAUACUUAAUUAGCUUAGACUUUACAAAUCUCACAGAAACAAUUUCCUUUCCCCUUUUCUCUUUUUGGUUUUUCUCUUUUUUGGUUUAAACAAGGAGGCAACAUGGUAGAGUGGUCAGCGCAUUGAACCCGCAAUCCAGCAGUCCCGGGUUCGAGUCCCGCUCUGGCCACUUGCUGGAUUUGUACUCGGUCAUCCUGAGUUCAAAUUCUCGGCCACGCUUGUAAAUAGCCAACUGGUUGCGUCCUGUCAGUUGGGGUUUUUAAUCCUGUUAUGUUGUAUUUGAAUUAUUAUUUGUUUCUAAGUAUUUGAGUGGAGUGCCUGUAAACUAGCUGGAUAUUAAGCAAACUGCACUUUCCACUAUAAACAGGCCUUUAAACCUUUUAAAACCUUUUUUUUUAUAGGAGAUGCAUUCAAAAGACCAGUUCUCAUCUCCUUGGUCUUGGGAGACAAAAGUAAGUGGUUGGAGUAUCUCAGGAAUUCCUAUAUGUUGAUAUACUUGUAUUACUAAAGAAUAAUGAAGCCCUCUUAAGGGGAGGGGGGAAGGGUACGUACAGGGUUUUCAAUAAGAUUUCAAGUAGGUGGCAAAAGCUUUGGAAUAGGUGGGGAAGGAAAAACUUGCGAUAAAGGCACGACUUUCUGGAAAAACUUUGAAAUCUGGGCCUCUUGGGAUGCAUUUCCAGCAUUCUGAAGCAAAAAUGAGAGUGUUUGAACAGAACACAUACAUCAUUAAGUUGCGGCUUUUUUAUUCUUUGACAGCACAUGAAUACUUUAUUUAAACUGGGGUAAUUUCCAAAGAAUAGUAGGCGGUGAGUUCACGUGAAAUAGCCGGCGAAUUUCACUGGCCAGCGGCUCUUAUUGAAUACCCUGACGUAUGCCCCUAGUCGGAAUUUCAAUAGUGGUCAUUCAGUGAGUUGAAGAGCAGGCCGUGUUGCUGUUGGAGUUUUACCAUUGUAUUUGUGAUUUUUGUCUUCUCUGUCGCAGUUUCAACCCAACUUCGUGUUGUUUGUCACCAUUUCGUCUAGUCUUACGUCACUGUUUUAAGGCCAUGUGGCUUGUCAGAAUUUAACCCUGACAGGGCCUCAGUAAUAACAGCAAGGUUUACUCAAGUCACAGUAGAAUAUACCUGUUUUGGCUGAAACCAUUGCACUGACAAGUACAAAAUCAGGGGCAGGUCCAGGAUUUUUCUUAUGACAGGGUGCAGCACCAAGGAAUGGUGUAACUGACUGGUGAUGAAAACAAAUUUUAAUACAGAAUACCAGUUGUAUUAGAAAUCCGCAGGUCACCCUAAGGGGGGGGUGCACACAUCCUGCACACCCCACUAGAUCUGCCCCUGAAAAUGUCAUAUUAACCCACAUUCCCCUCAAGGCUUUUCAUGUAAAUUACAAGUACACAGUAUAUGGUAGACUUUGCCAGACUCCUUACCUUGGUAAAUCAUCUGAAGUAAUAGGUUAACAAGGCCCCCAAUGUGAAUGUUGAUAGAUAAUAUUCAAAGGGUGGUCAUCUCCAUUGGUUUGUUGCAUCCUUAGUGAGUGCUUCAGUGCAUCAUGGUUUUCUGAGUGUGACAGUUUAGAGCUGAAGGUCUUAUCAGUAAUUUCUCAACCUUUUUUAGAGUCAACAAGACCUCUCUUUGUUGGAAGAAGGAGAACUUGAGCAACACUUGAAAAAUGCCUUAGAAGCUGACGCUGAGGAAAUAAGCACAUUGGCUUCUGCUGAGUUUAAAAGGCGAGCACUGAAUGACGUUGACACAAGGUCUAAGGACACAAGUCAGAGUGGCAGCUUUCCUGGAUCAGAACCAUUAUCUAGGAAAGAAUUCAUGUUUGACGGUGUUAAGCACAGUCCAGCGAGUAGCAUGCAGGGGAGUAAAGGAAGUUUGUCAUCAUCAUCAUCAUUACCAAAAGGCAGCAAGGCAAGUCUUGUAUCAACCACACCUCCAAAGGGUAGUAAAUCCAACCUUGUAUCGACAAUAACUCCCAAGGGAAGUAACUCAAAUCUUGCAUCAUCAACACCUCUCAAAGGAAGCAAAAAAAAUCUUGUCUCAGACACCCCUCUGACUGGAAGUGCUGUUAAAGUCAAUGUUUCAUCAGAGACACAGCUGUGGGAGAGCAGUGCAAGUUUUUCGACACAACUAGCUAGUGAACCAUCAUCUCAAAGGGAGGACAUUGGCCUUCAGGAACUCAACAAGUCUUCAACUGUGUCUAGUGUAAGUAUUUUAUAACAAGGGGAAACUCUCAGAGCAUUACCUUAAUAAUGUUACAGUGUGCAUUUGAAUAGAUCCCAGCUUGACUAAAAACAGUAGCACUAACCUACAAAUUAGUUUACCUCCUUCCAGAUACUAUUCUUAACCCUCUUAUGUUUAAUUAAUUUUAAGGUUUUUGUUUCAUUUAUUAAGCCCCUUUUGAGGAGAGGAUGAUUACGGUAAAUCCACUAUUAAGCCCCUCCCCCUCGGGGGGCCUUAUUUAUUUCAAGCCCAUUUGAGGGGGGACUUAUAGAGAUGGGGGGAUUAUUUUAGAGGGGGGGCUUAUUUAAUUUAGAAAAGACAAUGGUAUCAGUUCUCCAUAGAGAACUAGAAUACGGAGAGGAAAAGCUCAAGUACAAGACGUUUUAGGUCGUGCAGCCGAGGAUCAGAAUCACAUACGAACUUCCAGUUGGUAAGUAAACCAUCCCAGAUCAGUCCACACAAAGUUUUACAAUCAUGAUUGAUUAAUACAGUCUUUCAUAUAUUAGUUAAGAAUAAUUAGGGGGGAGGGGGGGGGUUAAUAGGGAGGGGGGGCUUAUUAACUUUCUUCUCCUGAGAAGGGGGGGCUUGUUAGAGGGGGGGGCUUAAUAGAGGAUUUGGAGUAAGUAUUAAAUUUUAUUUAAGGUACUUAUUAAAGCUAGGCCCAAGGGACUAGCAAAAUAAAUAUGCUCGCUAUAAAGAGGUUUUGUUAUAUCGAGGUUCUUUUUCAUAUAUUGCACUACUCUUGGAACAAAAUAAUAGUUCGUUAUACCGAGGACAGCGUUAUAUAGAGGUUUCAUUUUUAUCAUGAUUCCACUGUACUUUACAAUUAACAAAAUCAGAGCCGAUCAUAUACAGUCGAACCCCGCUAUUUCGAAGUCCCAAGGGAAAUGAAAAAAAAUUUCGAAAUAGCGGGGCUUCAAAAUAACCGGGGAAGCGUAAAGGGGAAGGGUAAAUCCAAGGGCAUUCGAUCUUCCUUCGAAAUAGCGAGGUUCAACUGUACAAAAGUUUAUAGUAAUGAAAAGAUUAAUCAAAGUUAAGUGGUGACCAAUUCUUCGCUUUGGACUCCACACAAUUCUGAGAAACUGGUGAGCUACCCACCCCUCCCCUAGCCCAAUUUUAACACUGACUUCUUACUCAAGACAAAAUGCUGGAUUGGGGGAGGAGUCGGUGGCUAGUUUUUCAGACUCUAAAUUGAUUUCUAUUCACUUAAGGUAGACUUUUUCUAAAGCAUAAGCAAAGGUUUUCUCUGAAAUACCAGAAUCUACUUUCUUUUCUUUCUUUCAGGAAUUCAAUGUUGACACAGCUUCUAAUUCCAAUGACUUGAUGGCUUUUCUGCAGAAUUGGUAGCCACCGUAAUACAGUAUCGUAAUGAACUGUUCUGGAGUGCUAAGUGUGUUUUGGAAGUUCGUACAGUGUGUUACAACAAGCUAUCACAAAAUUUUGUGACUCUUUUCAAUUAACUAACUGACUUUCCUGGCACGUUCAAAAACACAAACCCCAAAAUUAAGCUGUGAGAGUCUCUCUCCCGCGAUUAUUUUUAAAGGAGGGGUUGUCUGUGCGCAGGUUACUGUCCCAGAGUGGCAAUGCUACUGUGCUAGCAUUUUAUGAGCACGUUAGAUGCCCCUCCUCUACCAGUGAAUGGUUUGAACCCAGAAGUCAUUUCAUAAGUAGUUUGAAUAUGAUCACCCAGGUGGGUGUAGUCCUUAACCCUUUAAACCCCAAGAUCAAAAUUUGAAUUCUCAUUUGUUGCCCCUAUUCGUUUCCUACAGAAGUUGUGGGGAGAAGUUGAUAAAAUAUCAAGCAAAUUCAUCUUGUGUGAUCAUGUCCGUAGUUCUCAUGACCACUCUGUUUUACAAAGCAUUGAUAUUACAAGGAGAAAUUUGAUGCUGAUCACUCAAAAUGACUGUUAUGGACAGUGACUAACGUUUCGACAACCAGUACGGUAGUCAUCUUCAGAAAUCUUAAAGAGAACCUCAAAUGUUCAAAAUGAAAGUCAAAAUUUUAAAGUCGUUUCUUUUCCAUCAGGCGAAAAAAAUAAUUUCCAUUGGUCUCCAAAAUGAUGCAAAGAACCAUGAUACGCCUUUUAUUUGGUCAAAAUUGAUACCGCACGAAACGACGUUAAUUCUUGGUUGUUAUAAUAGUAGGCAACUGAAAAACGUUACUUCAGAGUUAUUGUAGCAGUUUGAUAUUCGUAUUCAGUUUUCUGACUCAUUUACGGCUCUUUAGAAAAAUUAAAAUUUAGCAUUUAUUCCUGCAGGUUUACUUAAGACGACGACUCUUACUUAAGACGAUACCCAUUUCCCAUCUUCGUUAUCCAUGGAUGUUUUACCCCGCGUUAGGAUACCGUAAAAUUCCGAAAAUAAGGCCCUCCAUUUAUAAGCCCCCAAAAAUCACAACGCAAAAAACCCUCCGUUAAAUUGCCCCUCCGAAU